AUAUACAAAUUAAAGAAACACAAGCACAAGAAAAGAAAACAAAAAAAUGAACAGAUCAGUACCAUCAAACUACAUGUUGUUGUCUACUCAUGAUCAUGUGAAUAAUAGUCUGGACAGCCAGCGAUAUCGUCAGACCACCAUGUCUAUUAACAACGAUGACGAAGAUAAUUACAAUGUUAAUCAUGCUGCAUCAUCUCAAAGAAAGAGUCGCAGUAAUCCAUGCUCGAUUAUAGAAUCUUCAGAAAGCGAUCAAGAUGAUGCUAUGAUAAGUCGUCAACGUUGUUCCAGAAAUGAUAUUACGUCUCUUCUAAGAAUGCUGAUGAUCAAUAGCACUCAACGUAGUCGUGGUGGUGCUGGUGCUGGUGCUGGUCGUUCCCAAUUGACGAUUAACCAAAAUAGUCGAACUAUUCCAGACUAUUCAGACUCAUGUACUGAUACUGACGAAGGGGUGACAAAACACUUUAGCCAUUCCCACAACUUGAACAUGUACAAUUUCCAGCACUACUCACAAACCAACUGCAACGUAUGCGGUCUGCAACUUGUUGGCUCGGGUUACGGUUGUGAAAGUUGUCAAUUUUAUCUCCACGCAUCGUGCUUCGAUCUUCCGCGGAAGAUCCAGCACAAUGCACACCCAGCACACCCUCUCACGCUUCGUUACCCGUCCUACUACAAGCAUUGUGGUAAGACAUGUGACGCUUGUUGUGAACACAUCAAGCAAAGCUUUCUCUACUGUUGUGACCUCUGCCAUUUUGAUCUUCAUGUCACUUGUGCCACGUUGUACAACGUCGUCAAGGGACCCAAUAAAUCAAAUGGUAAACUCCGACUUUGUCACACCUUUCCUUUUGGUGACAAUAUUAUUGCGCGAUGCAACGUUUGUAACAAGAAGGUGUCUAAGGAAGGUUGGAUGUAUUAUAGCAAAGAUACUGGCCAUAUUGCACAUAUCAACUGUGCUAAGGGUAACAUUCGACCUUCUUGGAUUAAAGAGAGUCUCAAUAUGCUUAAAAUUAAGUAAAUUUAGAGAAAUAUUCAAGUAAAUAUGGUAUAGGGGAUUAAUUAAUAUGCAAAAUUAUUAAUCCUCGUGUACUGUAUUAUUUUAGUUAAAAUAAGGUUUUCUAGACUUGUGAGAUAAAUAACAUAUAGGUUGUCUAAGAAAUAAGUGUUCUGCUUAACUUUUAGUGGGAUCAGUGAAGCAGGUUAGAUAUCGUAAUACGUAUUACUACGCAUUAAAAGAGAAAGAGCCUAAUCGAGCCCUUCAUUUAUGUAUACGUCGACGAUCUUAACUCGUCGUUGUUAUUAAUAGUAUCAAUAAAGCUGUGUGGGUUUAUUAUUAGA